AUGGAGACAGCAGGGCCCGCAACAUGGACUUCUUCCUCUCUUCUGCGCCUCCUGGGCUUCUAUGUCUUGUACCGUCUGAGUCGCGCCCUCUACAACAUCUCGCCCCUUCAUCCCCUCAGCCAUGUGCCAGGCCCCAAACUGGCUGCCGCCACCUUUUUGUAUGAAGCCUGGUUCGACCUAAUCCAGGGGGGACGAUACACCCGCGAGAUUCAACGGAUGCACGAGAUCUAUGGUCCGGUAGUGCGCAUAAACCCCGAAGAACUUCAUUUCAACGAUAUCGCGUUUGUCGACGAGAUCUACGCCGGGGGUGGUCGAAAGAGAAACAAGCAAGUUCAUUUCCUCAAUUUCACCGCAGGCCCCAUCACAUCGUCCAUGUUCGCGACCAUCGACCAUGACCACCACCGGAUCCGUCGCAGCCCGGUGAAUAAGUUCUUCUCACGGGCUCAGAUCAUGAAGCUCGAGCCUGACAUCAAAGAGCUUGUAGACAAGUUAUGCGAGAAAAUAAUUCGCCUUGGCCUUCGAGACAAUGCACCCCUUGAUAUCACCACGGCAUACAGCUGUUUCACCGCGGACGUCAUCUCGAAGUAUUGUUUCGGCGACCCCUUCGGCUUUGUGGCGCAGGAGGGCUGGACCCCAAACUUUCGAGAGCCCCUGAACGCGGUGCUCGCCGCGACAUUUCCCUUUCGCUUCUUUCCGCCACUCAGGAUCUUGGCCGAUAUCGCCCCUCUCUUCGCUAAAUGGGCGCGACGGGACGUGAAUAUCAUGUUGGUUGAGUCCAGCGAGAAGAUGCCGGCCCGCAUCCAGGCGGCCCGCCAGGACUAUCAGACGACAACCGGCUGUAGCACCAGCACCACCGGCUCUGGCUCAAUAUUCCGCGACAUUCUACGGUCGUCACUGCCGGAAGCGGAGAAGACCGAUCGUCGAUUGGGAGGCGAAGGCUUCUCGAUGAUCUCAGCAGGCACCGAGACUACAGCUUGGACGCUGACAGUGACUUCCUUUCACCUUCUGAGCCAACCCGAAACUCUCUCCAAACUGACCCGAGAACUACAGGACGCGGACGCAAGCCAGCUGUCCUGGGUAGGCCUAGAGAAACUCCCCUAUCUCAGCGCAGUCAUCCUUGAGGGACUGCGUCUGUCGUACGGGGUCACUGCGCGGAUUCCUCGCAUCGCACCCAACGAGCGAUUGCUCUAUCGCGGUGAGUUCCACGGCCGAUCAAUUGAGUACGUAAUUCCUCCAGGCACGCCGAUGGGUAUGUCGAAUGCAAUCAAUCACCACAACGAGGCGGUGUUUCCUGAUUCGCAUACGUUCCGGCCAGAACGAUGGUUGGGGAUCGACGAUGCUCAGCGACGUCGGAUGGAGAAUUGUUUGACCUCGUUUUCAAAGGGGAGUCGUCAAUGUCUCGGCAUGAACCUCGCGUACUGUAACCUGUUUCUGGCACUGACCGCCAUGACGCUGCGCGUGUUUCCUCGGAUGCGGUUAUACGAGACGACUGUGGUGGAUGUGCGAUAUGACAGUGAUGCGUUCGUUCCGUUACCGAAGAAGGGGAGCCAAGGGGUUCGGGUUGUCAUAGUCUCUUAG